AUGUCACCAGAGCAUCCACCCGGUUGCUGUGGGAACCACAUGCCAUACUUCCUGGCCCCCUGGGGCUACUUACUGCCAAUGGGUGCCAGCAGGGAGGGCAUUGGGAAGGACUGGGGACUCCCAGGAUGGGCCCAAGUGCCCAACUGGGCCCUGGAUGCAGCAGCUGCUGGGGCCCCCUGUGCCACAUUAGCCGGGCUCCCCGGGGCUGAUGAGCCCUCAGCCCAGGCCAGCCCAGCCCUGCUGGGACUGGGAGGGCUCUGCUCUGCCGCAUCACGGCAGAGACCAUAUCGCUGGAGCUGGCAGCCUGUCCUACGGGCACCACACAGUUUCCGUGGUCCCUGCAGUGGGGACUUGUUCCCGGCCCUCUCCUAUCUCCCUGCUUCAGUUUUGGUGCAGAACCUGCACCUCUGUGAGGGCUACGUGGGCCCUGAUGGCCUCUCCCACCCCGGAUUCUACUGCCCACGGCUGACGGACCCCCCCAGCCACCGCUACUGCUGCCAGCCCAGCCUGGACGCUCUCAAGUCCUGCUGCUCUCAACUGGCCCUGGAAGCCCUCACUGGAGUGAACCUCUCCAGCCUGGCAAGCCCUGGUCUACUCCGGCACCCGCUGGCUCUGCCUUUCGUGGGGCUCUAUGGGCUCCUAGUCCUCCUGCUUAUGGCCAUCGACCUCUGCCACUUCUACUGGACCCGCCGGUGCCACCUCCGCCACCUGCUGCCCCGUGCCUGUCGUGUGCCUCGUGGAGCCCCAGGGCGGCACCUGGCUGGACCCCGGCUUUCGCACGGUGCCCCCAGACUGACACGGCCCGGCCAGGGCUGCUGA